CCACUGAGGGAAAGUGAACCAAAGAGUUGCAGAAACGAGUAAACGUAUUUAAUUUUCACAACUUCCAAGCUACACACUCCAUACCCACCUUCUAAUUCUUUACUUUCCUUCUCUGAUUUCUACAGCUUAUCAACCACCAAACCCUAAAUUCUACUCACCCUCUUCAACAUGGAUUCACCCCCACGAACCCUACAAUACCACUAGACCUCCCUUGACCAAACCCAGCUUCCUUUCCUGCCUCUCUACUCACUUCAGCCAUGGCUGCGUUCUCCACUUCCUGCUGCUUUACGCUCUUAACUGUCCUCAUUUUCAACUUUAAAAUCUUAGCUGCUGAGCCAGAUUCUUCUUUUUCCUUCAAAAGUUUUGGUAGAGAUCCAAGCUUCGAGGCUAACAUUGCUUUAUACGGGGAUGCAAAAGUCCUUGAUGGCGGGUCUUCGGUUCAGCUGACUAAUUCGGUGAGUUCAAGUGCAGGGCGAGUCAUGUACAAGAAACCCAUCAGGCUUCUUGAAGGUAAAACUAGGAAUUUGGCUUCUUUCUCCACGUACUUCUCCUUCUCUCUCUCGGGUGAUAAUGAUGAUGGUUUGGCGUUCGUCAUGCUUCCCAGUGGUUUUAACGUUAGCCUGUUUGGCAACAGCUCAUUUGGGUCCAAAAACAAGAAAGCUAGUGUUCUUGCUGUUGAAUUUGGUGCAGUCAAGGAUACUAAUUAUGGUGAUUUGAACGAGAAUCAUGUGGGAAUCAAUGUUCGAAGUCUUGUCUCAGCUAAAGUUCGAAACUUGUUGAAUAGUGGGGAGAAAUUGCAUUCCUGGAUCGAUUAUGAAGCGAGUUCAAAGAGAUUAGAGGUUAGAUUGAGUAAAGGUGAUAAAAAGCCUGUUGAUUCAUUGCUCUCCUAUCCAAUUGAGUUGUCCCAGAUGUGGAAUGAUAAAGAAGCUUUUGUGGGUCUAAGCUGUUCAAAUGGAACAUGUUAUGUGUACUCGUGGAGCUUUAAGCUGAGGCAUUUUCCUCAUUGGAUGCAUUCACAGCCAUUGGAUCCCAAAACUUUUGCUAAUAAUACAAAGCCUGUGAAAGUUCAGAAAAGGAGUGAUUGCCUUUUGAAAAUGCUUGCAGCACUAAUUCUAGGUGCAGCUUGCGGAGCAAUGGGGGCACUAGUUGUCCUGUAUCUCUGGACCAUCUUCGGUAGUAGGCGGCCGGUGAUGCCUGAGGAAUUUAACUACAAUGAAGUGAAAGUAGUUGUAGAUAAUAAUAAGAAAUGUGUUGAAGAUGGAAAGAAGUAGGUUUAGAAGCAAGAUGGGGUUUUUUUGGUUGCUGUGUUUUGUAAAUUCAUGGUCAUUUUGUACUUGUAGUUGCUGGUUUUGUUGUGUGAUUGUAACUGAUUAUCAAUUGUGAAAAAAAUUUCUACUUGUUUUUUUCUUA